UACGUUGACCGAUUCAUGGCGACCGCAACAUCCGCCACCUACCGCCGUUUACCGCUUUCCGACACCGCGUGGCUUCUAGUAGAGACGACGACACGACCAAACACCAUCGUCGACCCUCUCUCUUUUGUUGCAGGCAUAUUUCCAACCACAGGAAUCUUGUGGGUUUACUGCAAGCACCUUACAAACUGUGACCUUAAGGAGUCAGAUUUAUCAGCCCUGUUUAAGGAUCAGGUUCUGGUUUUGAGAUUUGAUUUCUUAAUAUGGAGCAUAAUUAACAUCUAUAUCGGAUCCAUGACACACUCAAUAGGUGAAAAGAAGGUAAUCAAGAUUGAUGUUAGUUCAGACACAGUGUGCCCUUGGUGUUUUGUGGGUAAGCAGAACCUUCAAAAGGCUAUGGAUUCAGCAAAGGAUCAAUUUGAUUUUGAGGUAAGGUGGCAUCCAUUCUUUCUCAACCCCAAUGCACCAAAAGAAGGAGUGAGAAAGACUGACUUUUAUAAACAGAAGUUUGGGCCUGCACAAUAUGAGGGAAUCAUCUCACGGAUGACAAAGGUAUUUCAAAGCCUUGGAUUUCAGUAUGAUACUUAUGGGUUGACGGGAAAUACAAUGGAUAGCCACAGGCUUAUAACAUAUGCUUCAACUCAAGGCUAUGACAAACAAAAUGCUCUUGUAGAGGAGCUGUUUCUCAAUUACUUCUGUCAGGGAAAGUAUAUCGGAGAUAGGCAAGUUCUUUUGGAUGCUGCACAAAAAGUCGGCAUAGGAGGAGCAGCAGAACUGCUUGAAGACCCUACAAAGGGGAUUGAGGAGGUCCAGGAAGAAUUUGACAAGUAUUCCUCAGGUAUCAACGGAGUCCCGCACUAUGUGAUAAAUGGGAAGUACAAGCUCAGUGGUGGCCAACCUCCUGAGGUGUUCCUGAAAGCAUUCGAAGCAGCCGCAAAUGAUGCCUCUUUCUAAUUCUACAACAGCCCGCUCAAUGUCUGCUACAAGCAACUUGCUUGCUAUACAAAUUUCCAGCAAUGAUUGAAGUAUAAUAAGCUGAUGAACUCUAUUAAACACUACUGUCAGUUCCCUUUGGAGAUCUGUGAAUGCUUAGGGAUAGAUGUUGUACCUACAGGUCUCAAUGCCUCUUGAAUGUUGGGUUUCUCUUCUAAUGAUGUAUGCUUGGGAAUUUCUUUUUGCUUUACUCUGGUCGUCUUAUGUAUACAGUCUUGAUGAUAGUAAUAAGUUCCAAACUUGGUCA